CACGCCCGAUGGACAUUCUUAGUAUGGAUAAACCGAAAUCGGCUUCAAACGUGCAGAAAGAGGAGCUUGUGCUGAUAUUCGAGGAGUACCAACAGAAAUCCAAGCUGACAAACCUGGACGACAGCAAAGAGCGUUCGAGAUUCUGGACGGAAGCAACUCAACGGCUGAACAAGAUAGAGGGUGGCACGGUAAAAUCAUGCUCGAAAUGGGUGAAGUAUUGGGCGGACGUGUUGAUCAACUUGCGCCGCAAAUGCCGCCUGGUAGUCGAAGGACGAUCGAAGCGUAUCGGUCCCACACCGUUCGAGGUGCGCAUACUACGGGUUGGUAACCUGUACGACGUACUAGAACAGUGGUCCAAAGCGAUCGACCACGGCCAAGAGAUGGGUUCGAUACAGAGCGUCGACGAGUACUACCCAGAGGAUACUGGCGUGCAGAAGGAGGAAAUAGUAGUCGAAAACUACACGGAAGACGCCAUGGAGGAGGAGUUCGUAGCGAGCUUUUCCAAACCCAUCGUGGACACCUCUCCGCAUAGCGUCGCGAACGAGCUGCACAUGCGAAAGCAUUCGAUAGACGAGCUGAAAUCGAUGGCCAACGCCGGUGGCACAACCGAGUACGUCGAGCUGACGACCGUCACGAGCGAGUUCCUGCGACCGAAGCAAACCAUCAUCGCUCAACCCCAGGCCAGGCUGAAGGAGGAUCUGAAACGCACCACCGAAAAGCUGGAGACGGUCAUGAAGAAGCGGAAAAUCGACGACUCGCAGUUUGCCGUUGCCCAGGCGCUCAACAACAUGUCCUCGGCCAUUCUGGCGCUAUCGAACAGCCUCAACGAUCUGGCCCACGCCAUCACGAACGGUGCCAUGUCGUGAGGUGGGGCCCCUCACGGUGAAGCAGCAUGGUAAGUACAGCGUUAAUUAGUGUUUAGGGAAGCGAUGCAAUGAACAGUGUUUUAAUGACUUCGAUAUGUGUAUGUAUGUAUGCGCGCGUUUAUAGCUACAAAAGAGUCGCGCAAGAGAGCCGAUAAAAAGUACACGAAAUAAAUGUAUCAUUUUAUUCCAUAACUUACAAUCACUCUUUUCGUACAGGUAUCACAAUAAAGUUUUCAGCUUCUUCUCUUUUUUCUAAACGUU